AUGGAUGGGUUAUUGUUAAAUACAGAAGAUUUAUACACAAUCGCAUAUCAAAAUAUUUUGACCCCCUACGAUAAGGAAUACACUUGGGAUUUGAAAGUUAAACUUAUGGGGUUGCAGGAUAGAGAAGCAGCUAAAUUGCUUUUAUCUACUUUGGAUAUACCUCUGAGUGUAGAAGAAUGGAUGAAUGCUGUCAAACUUCAGUAUGAAAAAAUAUUUCCUGAGUCACAGCUUAUGCCAGGUGCAAAAAAACUGGUAGAACAUUUACAUAAAUGCAAUGUUCCUAUUGCACUAGCCACUAGUUCAACUAAAGAAGCCUAUAAAAUUAAGACAAGCAAACAUCAUCCUGGUUUAUUUUCUCUCUUUUCAAUAAAGACCUUUGGUUCAUCAGAUCCUGAAGUAAAGUAUGGGAAACCACAUCCUGAUAUAUUUUUGGUUACUGCUAAUAGAUUUCCGGAUAAACCGAAACCAGAACAGUGCUUGGUAUUUGAAGAUGCUGCAAAUGGUGUAAAGGCUGGCAGGGCUGCAGGAAUGCAAGUGGUGAUGGUGCCAGAUGCAAAACUCGACAGGAGUUUAACUACUGAAGCCACCCUUGUUCUUGAGAGCUUAGAAGACUUUAAACCAGAACUUUUUGGUCUUCCUCCUUAUGAUACAUAA